UGUCAUGGCCGCGCCCAUAUUUGAGAAAAACUGGAAAAAUUUCCCAAAAAAUCUAUAAAUUUUCCUUAAUAAACUAAAUUCUACCGAAGAUAAUCCUUCAUUUCUGUAUCUCCAACAUUGUGUCGAUAUAGAUGACAAACUUGGGCAGAACUUUGACAUAGCAUGUUGCUAAUUUCAUAAGAAUUUGCAAGUUUAAUGAUAUGGUUUUCUGUUGGAAGGUUUUCUUGACCAGGAGAAUGAGGAUUUUGAUUGGAACAGGAUUGGCUGCACUGAUGUUGCAGAUUUUCGCAUACUUUGGUCUUCCCUCUUUGACGCAUUCGAGUGACCAGCUUGACUUGGACAAGAGAGCGACAUAUCAAGGGGACAAGUACGCGAUGGAAAUCGAAAAGCUCAAUGCUAGAAUUCUUGAAUUAGAAAAAGGGAAGAAGACAUUUGCUGAUGUUAAGUUUCUUAACUAUAAAGAUAGGCGACGAAUUUUGGUAACUGGAGGUGCUGGGUUUGUCGGAUCUCAUCUCGUUGACCGUCUGAUGCUGGAAGGUCAUGAAGUCACUGUGGCAGAUAACUUCUUCACUGGCAGGAAAAGGAACGUUGAGCAUUGGAUUGGACAUGAAAACUUCGAGCUCUUACACCAUGACAUUGUUAACCCACUCUAUAUUGAAGUUGACCAGAUCUAUCACCUGGCCUCCCCAGCGUCUCCACCUAACUACAUGUACAACCCGAUCAAGACCAUAAAGACCAAUACAGUCGGUACUAUCAAUAUGUUGGGGCUAGCAAAGAGGACUCGUGCAAGGCUACUGCUCGCUUCCACAUCAGAGGUGUAUGGAGACCCUGAAGAACAUCCUCAGAAAGAAGAAUACUGGGGUCACGUGAAUCCAAUAGGCCCCCGAGCUUGUUACGAUGAAGCCAAGAGGGUCGCAGAAACCAUGUGUUAUGCCUAUAAAAAACAAGAAGGGGUGUCUGUCCGUGUGGCGAGAAUCUUCAACACAUUCGGCCCACGGAUGCACAUGAAUGACGGCCGUGUUGUCAGCAAUUUCAUUCUACAGGCGUUACAGAAUCAGCCUAUAACAGUAUAUGGCGACGGCAGCCAAACACGCUCAUUUCAAUACGUUAGUGACCUCGUUAGUGGCUUGAUUGCUCUAAUGAAUAGCAAUUAUACCAAACCUUGUAACAUUGGCAACCCAGAUGAGUACAGUGUACAGGAGUUUGCCACUAUUAUCAGAAAACUAGUUGGCAAAACCAACCCCAUUGUUAAUAAACCUGCCAUGGAGGACGAUCCUCGUAAAAGAAAACCUGAUAUAACCGUAGCAAAAACCUAUUUGAAAUGGGAACCUAAGGUGCCUAUGAUGUUCGGUCUUAACAAGACGAUCGACUACUUCAGGAGUGAACUGCGCCGGUCGCAUCACAGCCAGCGGAACCUGUGGAAUCCCGAGGACGGCAAGAGCAUGCAUAAAAUCAGCCUUUGAAGAUCAUGCGCUCUGGAACUUGCAACCAGCGUAACCUGUUAAGAACAGAUGUAAUGUGAUUUGUUUAUUACCAAGGAAAUAUUCUCAUCUUGUAAAUAAUGUCAUUAAUUUGUAUAUACUGGCAGCAUAGUCUAGAGAUCUGAGAUCUGUUAGGUGUAUUGUAAUGUUGGACUGUGCUGGUAUUGCUCAACACUGUUCUAAAUUGUAUAUUUCAGUAGUAAAAUUCUAAUUUGCACAGGUCUGAUAUGCUAAUUUGGUGGUGGUGGUGAUGUGGGGGGUGUGGGGGGUGUGUGUUGGCGGUAACUGUCUUAAUGACUGGUUGUGCCUUUGCUGCAGGACAGAAUGUGCUCAACCUACAUGUCUAUGGAUAAAAAAGAACGAGUGGAAAAUGAAGGACAUCUAUUUCAAUAAAGGGAGAAUAAUGGCCGGAGCUAGGGGCCAAAAAGGUGGUCUUGAGAUUACACAUGUCGAAUACGCCCUAUUAAGGGACUGGGCCAUUUUUGAUUGUGACUUGUCCUUUGGUUGUACUAUAAAAGUUGACAAUCCGAGAUGCCAAUGAUCAACUCUGCUGAUAAAAUUACUAAAAUCUCCCCCCAAGUUAAUGUGUUUUUCUCUUGGUGCCGUAAACUUAUGAGAACUGACUGAUAGGUGCCGUUAUAAUCUUAUUGAAUUUGUAAAAAACAUUUUAUGACAUAUCUGUUUUUAUUGUGCCGUUAAAUGUUUUGGGCCAUACUUUUAUUUUUUACGCAUUAAAGGUAGAAGGGCUGAGAUUUUUUUUGGGGGGGGGGGAGUAGUUGAUGCCUGAACAUACAGUGGAUCUGAAAAUAAGAAACAUGUGCGUAAAUACUUGAAGUAAGGUCAUCAUUACAGGGUGUUAAAUAAAACAUGGCACAGUUGUAAGCCAAAUCCCACCUUCUUGAUAAUCAAAAAGUUCUACUUUUUCCAGGUGCAUGAUAAAUGUAAUAACCAGAUGGGUUGUGUUGUUUGUGGUCUCGAAACAUUCGAAGAGCGUCUCAUUUUUAACUCAUUUUGGUAGGCAUACAUAAUUUUUGGCCUUGUAACUGGGUCAUGUUUUAUUUAACACCUUGUAUUUUUACUGACUGAAUCAACAGAUGACUGUUCUAGUUGGAGAUUCAAUGAUCUGUCCAGUUAAUCUUGACCUAGGUCUUCUCAGGCCUACUAGGGACAGGGUUGCCUGUAUUAUGUGAUAUUUUCAAAUGUCAAAAUGACUUUUAACAAAUAAAAAUA